AUGCUCGAGGCCGGCUACCACUAUGGUAGUAACAACAACAACGGCAAGGGUUCAGGUUGGGCGCGUGUGCGUGCCCGACUCUGUGGCCGCACCGGGCUGCGGCGUAUCCUUGGCCUCACCUUGUUUUUGUCAUUGGCAUUGCUAGUGUAUGCCCACGACCGCGGCUAUGCAUUUGGCCCGUCCACAACGCAGUAUCAGGACCCGUCCACACCGACGACACCCACACAUGACGCCCCUCUGCAAGAAGAAGCGUCCAGCGAGUCCAGCGACUUUGUCCAGCCCAAGCCACUGGAGUUCCCGCCUCUGAGCGACGAACUGCCCAAGCCUUCCGACUACUCCCCCUUCUACGGCGGUCCCUCCAAGCGUGCCAUUGACAUUGCGUCCGACCCCUUGCCCGUCACUGCGACCUUGCGUCAACGCCUAGACGCCUGGCGCGCUUCCCCCGGCGGCCGCGGUGAGGUCGAAGGCGAGGUCGAGCUGGGUGGUUUCAUGCAGUGGAACUUGGAGGAAUGCUCCACCAUCAAGCCACAGCAUGGGUCCUACAUGCUGGAAACGCACUCCAACGCCUGGAUGACGUUUAACAGGUCGUCGAUUCACGACCUGCGCGAAGAACUCAUCCAGCACAUGGAGGCCCUCAUUGACACGCCCACGCUCAACGACUAUGGAGAGGAAGGCCACGGAAUCGUCAUGGUCGCUGGUAACGCCGACACGCUCCAGCGCGCCGUUUGGUCUAUCCAGGUCAUGCGCAAGCGCGGCACUGUGCUUCCCGUUCAGAUCUUCCAUUUCCCCGAGGAGGCCCCCGCCGAGGACGACCCGAUUCGCGAACAGCUCAAGGAGCUCAACGCCGAGCUCACAGCUGUCGAGGGCCAGACCAAGGACCGCAACGCUCGCAAGUCGUACCACCUCAAGGCCAUUGCCAUGAUCCAGUGCAAGUACCGUCACGUCCUGUACCUCGACUCGGACUCGAUCCCUGCCGCGGACCCACAGUACAUGUUCGAGUCGCCAGUGUACAAGCGUCUGGGUCUGUUUACCGCUCAAGACUAUUGGAAGACGUCGGCUGGCUCGCCCGUCUGGGCGCUCAUGGGUAUCAAGUGCCGCAACGAGUGGGAGAUGGAGGCCGGCCAGAUCUUUAUCGACAAGAAGCGCAACAUGGACAUUCUCCUGCUCAGCAAGUACAUGCUGGAGGGUCACGAACGCUUCUACAUGUUCUCGGACGGCGACAAGGACAUCUUCCGCUGGGCCACUCUGUCCCUGCGCAAGCGCUACGGCGUGCCCGGACGCUGGGUCGGAGGUGGUGCCUUGCCCCGUGACUCGGCCACUGGUUUCUGCUGCCACACCAUGAUGCAGUCGGACGCAUGGGGCGCCCCGCUGUUUGUCCACUACAACCUCCUCAAGCAGAUCCCAUCGGGUGUGGGUCUUGGCUUUACCUGGGGACAGACCAAGCAAAUGCCCCUGUUUGACACCUUCCCCGCCACCCCGGCCACGGCUCGUCUUGGCGAGCCACUCGAACGGCCCAACGACGACGACCGCCGCGGUCUCGGCGACAUUGACAACGACAUGCUUGCCGACGCCGACGAGUACGGUAUUGCACGUGCACCUGCAAAGGAGAUGAUCAUGCGCCGUGCCGCACGCGAACGCGGUGCCAAGGCCCGCUACCACGGCGGUGUCGUUUCGGCCCUCUGCAUCGACUUUGACUAUGUGGAUGCGCGCGAGCCCGCUCGUCACGACGCCGACGAGCGCCGUCACACCGAGGAGGAGCAAAAGAUGAAGCAGGUCAUGCAGGGGUGGGAGGCUGCUGUUGCCGUUGCCAAGGAGAACGGCGAGGACGAGCCGCCCAAGCCCCCACCACCUGGUGGCCCCGUCCAGCCCGACUGGCGCCAGAGCCCCUUUGAGAUUGUCAACUGGGACAAGUACGACAACCUCAGGGACUUUGAGUCCAUCAUCUACGGACUGGGUUUCAAGGCGUUCAGCGCAUGGUAG